AUGGACAUGGAAACCGAGUUCGACGCCUUCGAAAUCGACGAUUUCGGCCCGUCGGUCCGCGUCCAGGUGCCAAGCACCAACGAGGGCCUCAGCCAAUUCAACCAGGCCUUCUUGGAUCCCCAACAGCGCGCCUAUGUUCAGAACAUUGACUUUCAUAUCGUCUUACCGACCAUUAGCAAUAAACGUCUUAGAAAACUGCAAAGCAGACGAGAGGCAGCCGAAAAUGACGCAAGUUUCACAAAAGCCAUCACAAAGUUUCUGGGCCGCCUGGCGAAAUGGGAGCGCCGCCGAUAUGGACCUGGGGUAACGUUGAAGAUAGUCGUGGCCUCACCGACGGACUGGCUAGUGGAGGAAAUGGAGGAGGAUGGCGAGCUCGUCAACACCCACAACCACCGACUUGCUCCUAUUUGGCAAGUGCGCGAUCACUUCCGUUAUAUCAAGUUCGAUGAGAGUCUGCUCGCCUCCUCAACUUCGGGGUUGCCGCAAGUUGCGUGCGUCUCAGAGUUUGAGUUUGAUGGAGGACCAGGAGGGCGAAGUUUACACCCAGAAGUCAUUGCAGCGAUAUCGAACGCCAUGGUGUCAGCCAGGAAGAUGGAAUGGAGGUUAAGAAUACCAACAAGACGUCUCAUGUCGGAGAGGAGAGAAAUCAGGGCCGCUUUGGGCAAUGCCUUGCUCAUCACAGCAUUCCCAAGCCUUGUGGAGUUCAAGAUCAAGCUCGAAGAUGCGGAUCCUCACGAUGAAACGUUUGAGCCUGGCAGUGUUAUCGAAAAGGGGCAUGAUGAAGACAAGCUGAGUCUCGGUGUUCGGCGCCUCUGUCGGCUCCCGACACUCCGGAGGUUGCAUCUCGAGUCCUUAUGGAUAUUGUCGCCAGUCGCAUUUGGUCCGAGUUUUAGUCCAGAGACUCAGCCUUCAUCUCUCGAGUACCUCUACGUCGAUUGUGCCACCACGACUCCGGACGGAAGAUACCUGUUGAUGGGCAACCCAGAGAGAGCCAUGAUGGACGACGGAGGUUACUCACACACCUCGGACGAGUCGAUGGCUGCGUUCGAUUCAGACGAUUCAGACACAUCCGACUGGCAGCCCGACUUUGAGUGGGCUAAGCAAGCCGGCGAGUUCCCGGGGCGCUGGUUCCGAUUGACUCCUGAUCCGGAGACGUUCGUGCCCCUGGCCCGCUCCUUCGCUGAAGCUGUGGCUUGUAUGCCAUCACUACGGCGUAUGGAUGUUCACAUCGGGGGCGCAGCGACGAAUGCUCGCGCGCCCCUCGAAAUGUCCUACUUCGCUCCCGGCGAGGCGAACAGAGGGGCAAGUCAACUCAAUGGGCGCAAGACCUUUGACGAAAAGAAUGCUAGCCAUCCUAGGUGGUUUCUGCUAGGUGGCCGUAAGUUCGACAAGCAUUGGACUUUGCCGAAGGAGCUGGAAGAAGCUUUCAAGAGAAAGUCGGGCUUGGGUUGUGUUCAUUUGGCGACGAAUUGA